UUUAUUUAUUGUUAAGUGAAGAUGAAGUUUUGAGUCAGUUGCGCUCUCAUUGAAUCAUUUGCCAUUAUUGUUGAUGAGGGAAGCGGGCUUUUUCUGUCACUAUGCCAAAUUGAUUAACAGAAGCAAUUGCUACUUUUUGUAGUUAGUAGUAUUGGUUCAUAUUUCCCUCAUAUGCACAGAUAUUUCUAAGUAGAACGCACUGUUCAGAACACCAAGAAAAUGAUGCUUAAGUCCCUUCAUUUUCACAAGUCUUAAGAAAAAUGUCAAAGGAAGAAAAUGUCCAAUUGAAUCUGAUCAGAUGAUGAAAUGUACUCUCCCUGUGCUUGUUAUCAUUUGUGGCUGGAAUAUUUUGGUACCAGUCUGUAUUUUGCUGUUCCUGGCAUAUGGAUUCAGAUGCCUCCUUUUUCUUUUUUGUCUUUUUGAACCAUAGAGACUGUUUUCCUGGUGAAUAACUGUGAUUUGGAUGACACAGAAUUUCUCUAAUGUUCAUAUUCACUGCAGUUACAGAGAGAGACAGAGCAUUUGUAGAGCUUGACUGAUGCCUCAGAAGCUAAGGUUAACAGCUGGGCUGCAGAGAUAAUUUGGUUAAGCAUUUGUCUUUUAAAAAGUCUGUACUUAAAAUCUGAAUUGUAGAAUUCAAACAGCACUUGGUAAAGUGGGUCAGCACCGCAUAAAAUCUAACACAAGAUACUGUUUGGAUUUAUUUGCUGCUGUCACUAUUUUUCUUUUUUUAACUUUGUACUGUAAGUAUUUUUAGCAUCUGGCCUCUUUUUUAAGGGUGAGGUGGUAUCAGUAAAUAAAUUAAAUUACUGGGAUUAUUUUGCUUCUAAGUAAGUGCAUGCUUUCACUUACAAAGAUACAGACUACUGGGGUUUCUUUUGCUUGAGAAGCUGUGCUGCUGCCUUAGUUUGUAGUUUCUUAUUUGUGGGUGUUCAGUACCUACAAAAUCAGGCACUAAUCCUUUUUUUUUGUUACCUCUCUACAGGCAGAUUCAGUGGUUGGAGGCAGAAAGCUAGUAUUUCUGCUGUAUCUAUCUUACAUGUUAGUUUAUGUCACGUUUUAGUAGCUGCUGUACUCUUGCCUACAGUGAACACACUUCUCUUAAUGUUUACGGUCCAUGGAGGAGAGGUGGGAACUUGAACAUAACACUGCAUCUUAGCGCUCUCUGGUCUUUUCAAGUGCAUUUCUUUCUAUCUCAUGCUUUGAGUAAUCCUCUGGUUCAAACUUAAAUCUUUUGAUUCCUCUCUUUUUGCACCGGGUACUAGUUACAGUUGCCUCAAAUGUUGUGACCCUGUGAUUCUCUUCAAUGUGUUAGUGACUAAUGAUUAUUGAUCUGACAUUCUUUUUAAAGUAAGAUGUAAUCUACAUGGAUAAAAAUAUUUUGGGAGGGAAAAAAUAUCUAAAAAUUAUUUUGUGGUCCGUGUCCAUGAACAUAAUGGUGAAUUUUUAAGCUUUCUCUACCACCCUUUGAAGAAUUUAAUUCCAAAUAUUUUGAAUUCCAAACCUCAUGGUUCUUCUGGGUUUUAUUACCUGUUUUCACAGCAGUUAAAUCUCUUCAAAAACUUUAUAGUGCUUUAGUUUAAUAACUUCAGGCCUUACAAAACAGUGCCUCCAGUCUGUUGAAGCCUAGAGCACUAAUCAGUGAAGAUAAAAGAUUUUUUUGCAUUCAUUUUUCAUGUUUGUUCUGAUCCAGUUCAGAGAGAAGGUACUAUGGACAGCUAUCACGCUCUUCAUUUUCUUAGUAUGCUGCCAGAUACCUUUGUUUGGAAUCAUGUCAUCAGAUUCUGCAGAUCCUUUCUAUUGGAUGCGAGUCAUUCUUGCGUCAAACAGAGGUACUUUGAUGGAAUUAGGUAUCUCACCCAUUGUGACAUCUGGUUUGAUCAUGCAGCUGCUAGCUGGAGCGAAGAUCAUUGAAGUUGGUGAUACUCCAAAAGACAGAGCCUUGUUCAAUGGAGCUCAGAAAUUAUUUGGGAUGAUUAUUACCAUUGGGCAAGCCAUUGUGUAUGUUAUGACUGGAAUGUAUGGAGAUCCUGCUGAAAUGGGUGCUGGAAUUUGUCUUCUUAUUAUAAUUCAGCUGUUUGUUGCUGGUUUGAUUGUGUUGCUGUUAGAUGAGUUGCUACAGAAAGGUUAUGGAUUGGGGUCUGGUAUUUCCCUGUUUAUUGCUACCAAUAUCUGUGAAACCAUUGUCUGGAAGGCUUUUAGUCCCACUACCAUCAACACUGGCAGAGGAACAGAGUUUGAGGGUGCUGUGAUUGCAUUAUUUCAUCUUCUGGCUACACGGACCGACAAAGUCCGGGCUUUGCGGGAGGCUUUUUACCGACAGAAUUUGCCCAAUCUCAUGAAUCUGAUUGCUACAGUAUUUGUAUUUGCUGUAGUCAUAUAUUUUCAGGGAUUUCGUGUUGAUUUACCUAUCAAGUCUGCGCGGUAUCGUGGACAGUACAGUAGCUAUCCUAUCAAGCUCUUUUAUACCUCCAACAUUCCCAUCAUUCUGCAGUCUGCCUUAGUUUCGAACCUUUACGUUAUUUCCCAGAUGUUGUCUGUUCGUUUUAGCGGCAACUUCUUGGUGAACUUACUAGGACAGUGGGCAGAUGUCAGUGGUGGUGGCCCUGCUCGCUCUUAUCCUGUUGGUGGCCUGUGCUACUACUUGUCCCCUCCAGAAUCCAUGGGUGCAAUAUUUGAGGAUCCCGUCCAUGUAAUAGUUUAUAUAAUAUUUAUGUUGGGAUCCUGUGCGUUCUUCUCGAAGACUUGGAUCGAGGUGUCUGGCUCAUCAGCGAAAGAUGUUGCCAAGCAACUCAAAGAACAGCAAAUGGUGAUGAGAGGCCACAGGGAUACUUCAAUGGUUCACGAGCUUAACAGAUACAUCCCUACAGCAGCUGCAUUUGGCGGUUUGUGCAUUGGUGCCCUUUCAGUAUUGGCUGACUUUCUAGGAGCCAUUGGAUCUGGCACUGGCAUUCUGCUUGCAGUCACUAUUAUUUAUCAGUACUUUGAAAUAUUUGUAAAAGAACAGGCUGAAGUUGGAGGAGUAGGUGCAUUAUUUUUCUAGAUGUCCAAAUAUUUCAUGGUUUGUGUGAAAGGGAAAGCAUUUCGACAACAUGCCUCAUUUAGUCCAAUACUGCUAUUUUCUUUUUAUUUGUUUUAAAGUGCUACAUGUCCCAUUACUGUAAUGGGCAUUGAGCAAUGCCUGUGUGCAGCAUUAGUACCAGCUGCCUUAAGAAUAAAGUUUACAUUAUCUUGUUUAAGUAUUAUCUAGUGUUGCCUGUAAUGCUGGAAACCAAUUCAUCUACCUUGCUGUUCAAACACUACAGUGAGAUGGUAAAAUGUAUCAGUUUGAUAUCGGUAAACGUUUUUGCACACAACAUUAAAAUGUUAAAUUUGUUUCCCUGUCCUUAAUAGGAAGAAAAAAUAAAAUCUGAGUUCAGAUUGCCACGUGCCAGUAUUCUUGACAAAAUUUAUUUGUAGCCUGUAUUUUACAUUAAUUUUUUAUACUUUUUUAACUUGCAUUUCCCUAUCAUUGAACUCAGCACUCCUUAUUCCUUUGUGGUGUCUCCACCCAGGCACCUUUCUCUUAGCUCUAAGGGUGGACAAGCAAACAUUUUACCGGAGACUGAUACUCAUCUCACCUGUGAACUGGUUCUGUGGUGGAUUUGCUGCAUCGCAGGGCCAGGGGCAUUUUGGUUUCUUGCCCCAGGCCUCCUGCGAGACAGCAUGGUAGCCGCUGUCAUGCUAGCAAGUCAGCCCCAUAGUUUUGUUUAAACAUGUACUUGUGAAAACUGUGCCACUGAAACUUCAUGUCCACUUUGCUUUUGUGAGUCUAAAGAACAAGGCGGGGUUCCUAAAGCAGUGUUCACAGAAGGGAAAGGGGGGAACGAGGAGUUCCUGCUGAAAAUUUAUUUAUGUUGUCGCACUUUACAGCGGCAAUGUAACAACUGUAAACGUUAGACAAUAAACUUAUUUAAUUAA